UUGGAAAGUGUAUGGACAUUGAUUGCACAGUGGUUUGUUGAGCGACGUAAUAAAGCUUCGGUGAGAACCCAUAUUUUAACUGAAUAUGCGGCAAAAAAGUUAGAGAAUUCCAUUGAAGAUGGACGGACCAUGGAUGUGCAGCCAAUUACAUCAAUGAAAUAUAAGGUUUCAUGUGGAACAAAGACGUAUGUGGUUGAUCUGAAUGCUAACACUUGCUUGUGUCGGGAAUUUGAUCUUGAUUUGAUUCCUUGCGCUCAUGCUGCCGCGGCAAUAAGUAAAUCAAAACAGAGUUUAUUUUCAUAUGUGUCGAGCUACUACAGAACAGAGACAUUGCGUGAGAUAUAUUCGGGUGAGGUGAUGCCAAUCUUGCAUCCAGAUGAGUGGUCUGUGCCUGUAGAAGUGAAAUCAAGACAAGUGUUGACACCACCUCAGCCUACACAGGCAGAACGUCCACGGACAAGUAGAAUCGAAUCUUGUAGCCGAUUAUCUAGAGCUUGUUCGAGAUGCAACCAAAGCGGUCAUUACCGUUCCAAAUGCAAAGAGGCCAUUCCAAUAUCACAAGAUGAACACAUUGCUAGUAAUGAGUCAGAAGUUGUUGGGUCCCGUAGGCGCAAAUGUUGUGGCAUAUAUGGUGAAGUUGGGCAUAAUCGUCGAAGAUGUACAAAAUCUGUGAUGUCUUGAAUGAUUUAUGUCAAUUUGUCUAAGACUUUGGAUGUAUGCUAUUUUUAAGACUACUCUAGUUUGGAUAUGCUCUUGUUUGUGUUAUUUUUAAGACUG